AUGACAAGCUCCUUGCAUGAUUGUCUCUCCAAAUGCAUGCUUAACCAAACCUAUCUUACUGAACUUGUCAAGAGUUGCAUAUUGGAAUGUGUGCCGCCUCAGCCGCAGUCGCCACAACCGCAAAUACAGGCUCCGUUGGUAUGGAUAGGCCUUUACGUGGCAGGUGCUUCUCUAGUAUGCAUGCUAUUAAUGGGGGCCGACUUCAUCAACGGUUUACGUACCAAGAAAUAUUGGUUUCCUUGCAAGUUCUUCACUCUGAAUGCAGCCAUUUCCGCAGUCUUGGCCAUAUCCUUGAAGAUGCCGGUGGACUUAACUACACUAAUGCCCUCCGGUAGAGACCAACUCAUGAAACUCUGUGGCACCACCCUCAUGUCCGUAUCUAUGGCAAACUUUAUGCCGUCUUUGGCAGACAUGUCCGUUGCAGAACUCUUUGCCAACUUGAUUUCCCUCGCGGUAUUUAUCGUCCCUCUGGUCUCAAAUAUAUGUAUCCAAAUCGGAACGGGAGUGAUUUCCAAAACUAUCGUCGUUGAACAUGUGAUCAUCAUAGUCUGCAUUAUUCUCCAAUUUGCCUUCCUGAUUUUCACAGCCUUAGUUUCUACGACCGUGAAGAAAUGUUUCAAGUCGAACUACAAGGGAGUAUUUGAUCAUUUUCAAGGGGAGCGAACAAUAAAAAUCCAGUAUAUAAGGUCACUUUGGAUUACGAGCAACACUCAAUUUGUGAUAGCUCGUUAUGUUACAUCCAUUGCUUCGGGGGCAAUCUGUUUAGUGUCCGUUGUUGUUCUAGCUGAAGUUGCACUUCAACUCUACGUACCAUUGUCUAAGAAACACGCAUUCUUUCAUCCCAACUCGGAUUACGAGUGGUCCUCAAAAUUCAUUGUUGUAGCUCAGCUGGCGGCGAUUCUUGAUUGGAACAGUCGAGCUUCAAAGAUUUGUCAAUUGUACAAAAGUAUUGGUCAAAGAGAUUGA